AUGGCCCCUAGCCAGCUCAACUUCAUCACUGGCAACAAGCACAAGCUCGCUGAGGUCCAGGCCAUCCUGGGCGAUGCGGUGGACUUGCAGAGCCGCUCUAUUAAUCUCGUCGAGAUUCAAGGGACGGUAGAGGAGAUUUCGAAGGAUAAGUGCCGUCGGGCUGCUGAAGAGGUGCAAGGACCUGUUCUGGUCGAGGAUACCGCUCUGAUAUUCAAUGCUUUUAAGAACCUUCCUGGUCCAUACAUCAAAUGGUUCUUCGAGUCCCUCGGCCACGACGGCCUAAACAAGCUCCUCGCCGGCUUUGAAGACAAAUCCGCCGAAUCCGUCUGCACAUUCGCAUACUCCGAAGGCCCCGGCCACGAGCCAAUUAUCUUCCAAGGACGCACAGAAGGCAAGAUAGUUCCAGCAAGGGGAGCCAUCGCUUUUGGCUGGGAUCCCAUUUUCGAGUACGGACCAGCUGGUCAAACCUACGCCGAGAUGCCCAAGGCGGAAAAGAACAAGAUCUCCCACCGCGGCAAGGCACUUGAGAAGCUGAAAGCCUGGCUCUUAGAGGCCGUAGAUAGCAGCAAACCCUAA